AUGGGUGAUACAAGAUGGAAAAAACGCAAAAUGGGCCAACUUUUAAUGAAUGUUCUCAAAACAAAUUAUACGGAUUUGGUUGAUGAAACGAAUACUAGUGUAAGUUAAUUUUGUAAACAUUAUUACACAUUAUUGAAACUGUCAUUUUUGGACUUUUUGUCUAUAAUGCUCAAAAAUUUGCCAAAAAAGCGAUUUUUUGCGGGUUUUUAGGUAAUAAUUUUGAAAUUUUAGGUAAUUAUGACCAAUUUUUAAAUGUUGCCCUAAAAACAUGUAUAAUUUGUCACAUUUAGGACGAAGACUUGUUGAGAUCAGUAGCCGUGUCAGGUAUCGUGCUAAUGCAAUGUCUUUUGGUACUGGAGGUUUAUGCUGAAAGAAAUGUGGAAAAAGAGUUGUUGAAAGAAAAAAAAGAAGUUGUUUAACAUUAAUGUCAAAUGGGAAGACAUUCUAUCCAAUUUCUGGGAGAGUAAGUGUGCAAAAACUUUCUUUACAUAACUCAAAACGGCAAAAACUUUAUUUACAAAGCUUAAAACGGCAAAAACUUUCUUUACAGAACUUAAAAUGGCAAGAACUUUUUUACAAAGCAUAAAAUGGCAAAAACUUUCUUUAAAAGCCCAAAACGGCAAAAACUUUCUUUACAGCCUUAAGUUUUAAUUUCUUACAGUGGUGAAAGAUAGAACAGUCAAAAGAGAGCACCUGAAGAUAUUCUACAAGCAAGAGGAAGCUCUCAUCUCUAAUAUUGAAAAGAAUGCUCAACUCAGACACAGAAUGGGAAUAGAGGUACCAGUGUCCGUUAUAGAAGGUCUGAAUUUUGUGGUCGAUCCAACUGGCGAAUAUAUUCGACAUUUGUUGGAUAAACAGUUUUUGGUAAGUUAUAUUACGAAAAUUGCAAUAACUUUCUUUACAAAACAUAAAAUGGCAAGAACUUUCUUUACAAAACGAAACAUUGUAAGAACUUUCUUUACAAAACAAGAAAUGACAAAAACUUUCUUUACAUACUAUCAAUUUUAAAAAAUUUUGACUUUUCAGGCAAAAACCAAAGCUAAAGUGGUACCACGACCAGUGAAAAUCCGCUCCUCGGCCAGAUUCCUUGCCGCCUCUGCCAUUCAUUGUGAGUUGUAUUGGGGAAUGGAAUUGAACGAAUGUGACAUUCAAUUUCAAUACCCAUAUACGGGCAGAGAACGACCAAGACCAGCGGCUGGAGCAGAGGAACCACCAAGUGAUCCAGUACAACCUGUUAUAACUCAAUCAAUUGGCGUGAAAGGCGUGGAAUUCAGAAUAUUGGCUUCAGUAAGUCAUGAACAAGCGUGUACGGCUGUUUAUUUUACUGCGUAUGAGGAUAAGAUUGAGGCAUUGGUGGUACAACCGAAAAUGGGCAAAGCGAGACUGGAAGACUUUGGGUACGAGGAUCUGUACCGCCUGAAUGAGAGCUGUAAAAAGGUAAAAAUUUGAAUGCAAUUUAAUUUUUUUUGAUUUUAUUGGCCACAAAAAACAUUUUUUUUAUUUUAUAAUAUGUAGAAGCAACGCGACCAAAUGACCAUCCGCCUACCGCAGCCGUCGUGCGCCGAGCCCGUAUCACUUCGCCGAAUCAAUCAACGACCGCCAAAAAAGGAAAACCAAGUUUGUGGACUCAAAUUCAUCAAUCAUUUAGUACGGUUUUUGUUUUUUUUUUCGUUUUGAGAAUAUGUGACGUAAUGUAAAAACCAAUAAUUUUUGUUGCAUUUUGUCAACUUUUAGUAAAAUUGCGGAUAUUGAUGUAAAAUAGGGUUGUAGUAAAGAAAUUUGGUUUAUAGUGUAAUUUAAAUUAUUUUUCUUUUAUUUUUUUAGUUUUUGAGAAGAUGUGACGAAAUUUAAAAAUCAAUAAUUUUUGUGACAUUUCGUUAUUUUUUAAAUUUUGGUUUAAAAUAGGGUUGCAAUAAAGAAAUUUGUUUUAUAAUGCAAUUUAAAUUAUUUUACUUUUAUUUUUUUUAGUUUUGAAAAUAUGUCGCGAAAUUUAAAAACCAAUAAUUUUUGUGACAUUUCGUCAACUUUUAGAAAAAUUGCGGAUAUUAGUGUAAAAUAGGGUGUCAAUAAAGAAAGUUGGUUUAUAGUGUAAUUUAAAUUUAUUUUUUAAAAUUUUUUAGUAUAAUUGAAAUUCAUUUCUCAUUAAUUUUAAUUUUUCAGAAGUACUUUUUCCGUACCAAGAACAAGCAAAAGUUCACACGUUGCUUCUCCCCAAACAAAGCCGACUUUUGUCCAUUCGAGACGAAAAAGAAGUUUGGAAUGGAGAAUGCCUUCCCAUUGUACGACUGCUUCAUGAAUUCCAAUUUUCAACCGAAAAUCCACUAUCCGAGCGCACCGACUGAGAAGUUUACCUUCCCGGAGGUCAGAAUUUCGAGGAAAAAAUCGAAAAAAGAAUUUCGUCACAACCGUUCAAUGGAAAGAUUUUUCAGUCUAAGGACAAGGUCUGCAUCGUGGCUGAGGUAAGAUUUUUUUUUAUGUUUUGUAAAGAAAGUUCUUGCUAUUUUAUGUUUUGUAAAGAAAGUUUUUGCUAUUUUAUGUUUUGUAAAGAAAGUUAUUGCUAUUUUGGCUUUUGUAAAGAAAAUUUUUGACAUUUUAUGUUUUGUAAAGAAAGUUCUUACUAUUUUAUGUUUUGUAAAGAAAGUUCUUGCCAUUUUAACUUUUGUAAAGAAAGUUCUUGCUUUUUUUCUGUAAAGGUUAUUUUCCCUAGUUUAAUAUUAUCUUUUAUGCCAUAUCUAAUAUUACCUAUAACGCCAUUGCCAUUUUCAGACAGCACCACGUCAAGAGAACGAGGGCGGCAGAACAGCUGGGCGUUCUCGCUCGCGUUCUCGCUCCAGGUCUAGAAGAAGAGAAGGGGAAAGUGGUACAGACCGUCAAGGGUCAGGAAUGGAUAGUAAGUUACUACUUUAUAAUACUAUUUUUUAGUAUUUAUGACAAUUUCUGAUUGAAAGUUUCAUUUAUUUUGGAAAAUGCAAUAACUUUCUUUACAAAGCAUAAAAUGCAAGAACUUUCUUUACAAAACAAAAAAUGGCAAAAACUUUCUUUACAAACUAUAAAAUGACAAGAACUUUCUUUACAAAAUGUAAAAUGGCAAGAACUUUCUUUACAAAACAAAAAAGGGCAAGAACUUUCUUUGCAAAACAAAAAAUGGCAAGAACUUUCUUUACAAAACCUAAAACCUUCGUUUCAGAUCCACAAUCAGCUGCAUCAGUCUCAUCGUUGCCCGUCUCAGCAGGACCAGCAGGAGCCGUUGUCGAGGCUCAUACCGUCGACUCGCCCUAUAUUAUGUUCAUCAACUAUGACACGGGCCUUGGAAGGGUCCCAGUCGAAAUUUCGUACAAUAAUGUGUUUUGA